UCGUGGUGGCACUUGAUCACCACCCACGGUCCCACCGCAGGAAGAUGGUGACACGGUGUGCAGUAACCAUCGCCCGUGGACGGUGGGAGGAUGGAGGGAAUCAGGGAGGGGUGUGACUGGCUCCGAUGGUUCAGGAGUAAGGCCGAGAGCGCUGCAAAGCACUAUACCAUCCCGCGGGAGGAUAUCCACUUCUUACGCAAGGUUGGGAUGUACUGUACCCUCACCCCAAGGGCCAAACUUCAAUGUGCGUCCCGCGCUGAUAGUGUCGACAGCUGUGGGAUAGCUAUUACAGUAAGUGGCUGUCAUUGCUUCUUUGGUCGCGGAGCCAGAUCAGCUUUUCCGGCGGGCGGGAGGGCGGCAGGGCGGGGGCGGGAGACAGAGCUAAGCAGUGAGCUAAGUACUCAGCUGGCUUCUUGGUACAAGUACGUGGGAGAGGUAGAUGCGGUACGUACUUGCAAGUUGAAAUGCGCAGCAUCCCAGACGGGUCCUCCGAUCGAGUGGGAUAACGGUUUCGGGCAGAGGUGGGCGAGGGGCAGGGGCGAGGCCAAUCUCAGGCUGAGGCUGGCGCUGAUCUCUCCUUCACAAGUCCUCAGAAAAUCAGGAUGCCGUGUUCGAGAUAACGUCAACGUGGAGCCGGGGGACGAGAGCCGAUCGGCAUGCUUGCGAUGUUCCCCGGGAGCAGGAUGCCUGCAUCAUCGCGCCGUGCCCUGACUGUGUUCGGCGCUUGCCUGGGAAGUGUCUGUCGGUGUCUGGGAUGGCACGAUGUCGGGAGGGAUCGUGGGAUCAUUGUGCGCAAAUUGUCGCAAUUCGUCAGCCAAUGAUAAUGAAGAUAUCGAUAGGAGUACGGACUGUAAGUCUGUACUACUUCCAGUACGG